GUUGGAGGACUCAAACCCUGGCGAUAUUGUGAACAGUCGCACGAAAAGGGGCAGACCUGGAUGUUAAGUUGGUGCUUUCAACUCGAGUGUGGCACUUUUUGCAUCCUCGUGGCUUCUUGGAAUUGUGAGGGAAACAAGUCUUAGUGAACGUCUACAAUUUUCCUCAAAUUUACAAGAAUGAACUAUAUGACAACUGCUCUCCUUUAUUCAUGAACGAUAUUUACCACCUGUUGUAAGUGACAUUUUGCUCAAGAAUUAUAAUAUUUCAAGACAUUGUGACUCAGUAUUUCAAUCAAACUACCGAAACUAGUCGGUGCAUCUUGGUCGAGUUCCGAAUUUGUUGAGUGCUCGAUAUUUGCCCAGAAUUGACCGAUAGUAUACUUGACCCAACAUGAAGAAUGUGCCUAAAUUUUGUCUCAUCUUCGCCUUGACACUACUGGUCAUCAGCUGUGCUGACGGUCGGCGAAAGUCUCGCUCCAGAAGAAACAACGCAUCGUGCCGUCUGAGAUCUCUGGUCCGGUACAAACUGACACUCCGCACUCUGUGGUCUAGGAAGACUUUCCCCAAGAUGUACCCCAUGUACCGACCGCCGGCACAGUGGUCCACUAUUGUUGGCCGGACCCACAGCUCCAGCUACACGCUGUGGAGAGAGGGCGAGAACGUGACGUACGCUGUGCAGAAGAUGGUGGAGGAAGGAGACCCGACCUACCUGCACAGAGAGACUGCCCAGGGACACUACCACGUCCUGGACUCCUUCACGACGCCGCCCAUCAAGGCUGGUGUUGGUCAAACCUCUGCGGUCAUCACUCUGGACGGGACUCAUACGCAGGUGUCCUUCUUAAUGAGGAUUGUGCCCAGCCCCGAUUGGUUCAUUGGUCUGAGCAAGGUGAACCUGUGUUCCCGUGGCCGCUGGCGAAAACAGGUGCACAUCAACCUCAAACCCUACGAUGCUGGCACUGACCGUGGUCUGACCUUCUCCUCCCCCAACUGGGCCACUGACCCUCAGGAGCCUGUCACGGUGGUGACGUCAAAGAAGCCCAACCACCCUGCCAGUUCUUUCUUCUACCCAGACAAAAAGGCACUUCCUCGAAUUGCUUAUGUAGAUCUGGAUUUGGUUGCUGAGUACAGACUGAGAAAGACGUACAUGGAAAUAACAGAUCCGAUCACAACAACAACCACCACUACCACUACUACAACUACAACCACUACCACGACGACAGCAACUGAAGAACUAUACUCAAACGCAUCAAACAGGUCAAGACAAACUGCUGUAAAUGGCGAUGCAGAAAUCGGAGACUCCCAGAGCACUGCGCAGAUGUCGAGUGAAGUUAGUUCAUCAUCGGACUCGGUCAAAAACGAGUUAAUGUCAAGCAUGAGUGACAGUCCACAGUCAAACAGAAAAGUGACAAGCAGUUCUUCAAAACACACCCCUGCUUCCUCGCGUAACAUGGUCUCGAAGACUGCUAAUGCACAAAAGAACACCGACGGUUCGACAGUUAACAAGGGAGAACCAACCACAGCCACAGAAAUACCCUCCAUCAAUUCUAGAAACCCAGAGAACACUGACACUACCAAGGAGGGCCCUAGUCUGCGGGAGCUGGUGCCGAGCUCCUCAAGACAAAGCAACGAAGGUCAUGACACGUCAUUUACUUCAGAGCCGAAGAAGAAGAUAUCUCCGGACACUUUUAACGACCCACAGCCGAUGGAAGUGUCGACAGACAUGUCUGAAGAGGAUGAAUUCCCAGCUGAUUGCAUCGUUUCACAAUGGACAGAGUGGAGCUCUUGCAGUCAAACUUGCGGGUUUGGUCAGAAGGAAAGAAGCCGUGAGAUUAUCACAUACCCAGACGCUGCUGGAGCUCCGUGCCCCCGAAUCAGACAGGAAGCUCUGUGUGGGAGCAUGCGCAACUGUCAAUGGAAUCAUUUCUCCUUGCUGGGAACUGGCUCCCGGAAGCGCCCCCGUGGCAGACGUCCCGGGAGGCGAAAGAGCCUAUUUAUGCGUGGCUGAGUUAUAAUGUGAUUACACGAGUAUUAAAACUGUUUUUGUUGGUAUUGUUUAUAUCAUUUCUGACUAUGAUACACGUUUUCUGAGCCCUAAGAUGAUUCAACACUGUACUUUUUUUUCCUUUUUGUUAAAGAUUAAUUAUGUCCAGAAAUGCCCAAUUCUUUGCUGCCAAGGAUGUGCGCCUUCCGACAUUGAAGAAACAGAAAAUAUGAAUCACCACAAACAAAAUGUUUUCUUUUGAAUUAGGGUACUUUAGUUUUUGGAGACGUACUCUUUUUUUCUGUUUUCCUCUUUUAUUUGUCUGUCUAUGGUGUGGAGUAAUGAUUACAGGCCCCAUUAUGAAAAUGUCCUGUCCAUACAAAUCAAAGGACCUGUACUUUUGGAUGAACUUGAGAUACGAAA